AUGGGCUAUGCUGGAAAAGAUUGCGAAACAAAUAUCGACGAUUGUAAUCCUGACCCCUGUGAGAAUAGAGGAACUUGUACUGAUAGAGUGAACGACUAUACUUGUGCCUGCGAAAUGGGCUAUGCUGGAAAAGAUUGCGAAACAAAUAUCGACGAUUGUAAUCCUGACCCCUGUGAGAAUAGAGGAACUUGUACUGAUAGAGUGAACGACUAUACUUGUGCCUGCGAAAUGGGCUAUGCUGGAAAAGAUUGCGAAACAAAUAUCGACGAUUGUAAUCCUGACCCCUGUGAGAAUGGAGGAACUUGUACUGAUAGAGUGAACGACUAUACUUGUGCCUGCGAAAUGGGCUAUGCUGGAAAAGAUUGCGAAACAAAUAUCGACGAUUGUAAUCCUGACCCCUGUGAGAAUGGAGGAACUUGUACUGAUAGAGUGAACGACUAUACUUGUGCCUGCGAAAUGGGCUAUGCUGGAAAAGAUUGCGAAACAAAUAUCGACGAUUGUAAUCCUGACCCCUGUGAGAAUAGAGGAACUUGUACUGAUAGAGUGAACGACUAUACUUGUGCCUGCGAAAUGGGCUAUGCUGGAAAAGAUUGCGAAACAAAUAUCGACGAUUGUAAUCCUGACCCCUGUGAGAAUGGAGGAACUUGUACUGAUAGAGUGAACGACUAUACUUGUGCCUGCGAAAUGGGCUAUGCUGGAAAAGAUUGUGAAACAAAUAUCGACGAUUGUAAUCCUGACCCCUGUGAGAAUAGAGGAACUUGUACUGAUAGAGUGAACGACUAUACUUGUGCCUGCGAAAUGGGCUAUGCUGGAAAAGAUUGCGAAACAAAUAUCGACGAUUGUAAUCCUGACCCCUGUGAGAAUAGAGGAACUUGUACUGAUAGAGUGAACGACUAUACUUGUGCCUGCGAAAUGGGCUAUGCUGGAAAAGAUUGCGAAACAAAUAUCGACGAUUGUAAUCCUGACCCCUGUGAGAAUGGAGGAACUUGUACUGAUAGAGUGAACGACUAUACUUGUGCCUGCGAAAUGGGCUAUGCUGGAAAAGAUUGUGAAACAAGAGCACUCUAA